GUCCAAGAGUUGCUGGAAAAGGCGUCGGACUCCAGAAUUCUGUCCUCUUGUCCAGAGAUUAAGUGGCAUUUUAUUGGCCAUCUGCAGAAAAACAACGUCAACAAGUUGAUGGCUGUCCCGAACCUGUUCAUGUUGGAAACGGUGGAUUCUGUGAAACUGGCAGACAGAGUCAACAGCUCAUGGCAGAAGAAAGGGUCGUCUCAGAAGUUGAAGGUCAUGGUGCAAGUUAACACCAGUGGAGAAGACAGUAAGCAUGGCCUUCCUCCCAGAGACACCGCCGCUGCUGUGGAGCAUGUCAUCAACAAGUGUCCACACCUGGAAUUUGUGGGGCUAAUGACAAUCGGCAGCGUCGGGCAUGACCUUAGUAAGGGGCCAAAUCCUGACUUCCAGACACUGCUGUCCUUGCGGCAGGAGGUGUGUGAAAAGCUGAAUCUCCCUGUUGAGAAGGUGGAGCUGAGCAUGGGCAUGUCCACGGACUUUCAGCACGCAAUAGAGGUUGGAUCCACAAACGUCAGGAUUGGAAGCACUAUUUUUGGAGAGCGAGAUUAUUCCAACAAAGCAGUCAGUGGCAAGGCCCCUGCUGAAACUGAAGGCAAAACGGAGGCCUUGACAGUGCAGGGUCAUUAG